UUGGCGCUGUCUGUUGGUCGUGCGCGAAAUCGCGAACAGCUGUCCGUCCGUGUGGUCUGUGUCAAAUCUUGGCAGGGGGUUAGUCGAGUGUGUUGGAUCCGGAUUGCGGUGCGUUGGCGGUGUGUGCUGUCUCCAUUCAUCGGAAGAUUCUUCCUCGCGUCAGAGACGAUUUGCGCGUGAUCCAAGGAAGCAACGACACGACAGCACCAUGGCGUUCGCCGGGCUCAAGAAGCAGAUCAACAAGGCGAAUCAGUAUAUGACGGAAAAGAUGGGCGGAGCAGAAGGGACGAAGCUCGACGUCGACUUCGUGGAUAUGGAAAGGAAAACAGACGUCACGUACGAGCUCGUGGAGGAGCUGCAGCUGAAAACGAAGGAGUUUCUCCAGCCGAAUCCGACAGCGAGGGCGAAGAUGGCAGCUGUCAAGGGCAUCAGCAAGCUCAGCGGUCAAGCGAAGGCCUCCACCUAUCCUCAGCCGGAGGGUGUCCUAGGCGAUUGUAUGCUCCUUUACGGCAAGAAAAUGGGCGAGGACAGCAUUUUCGCCCAGGCUCUCAUCGAAAUGGGCGAGGCCAUGAAGCAGAUGGCGGACGUGAAAUAUUCGCUGGACGACAACAUCAAGCAGAACUUCCUCGAGCCUCUGCACCAUCUGCAGACCAAGGAUCUCAAAGAAGUGAUGCACCACCGGAAGAAACUGCAAGGCCGUAGACUGGACUUUGAUUGCAAGCGAAGACGUCAGGCGAAAGCGACUGGAAAGAGGUCCGCCAGUCCGCAUUUUGGAAGCCCAGCGCGAUUUAGCAUCUCUUCGUCGUAUGCUGACGACGAGAUUCGUCAAGCCGAGGAGAAGUUCGCGGAGAGCCUUCAUCUGGCACAGAUGGGCAUGUUCAAUUUGCUCGAGAACGAUAUCGAACAAGUCGCUCAACUGGCAACCUUUAGCGAGGCUCUUCUCGAGUACCAUCAACAGUGUACUGAGAUACUUAGAGGGUUGACGGAGACGCUUCUCGAAAAGAAAGAGGAGGCGGUAAGCCGACCAAAGCUGGAAUUCGUGCCGAAGACACUGGCGGAUCUGCACGUGGACGGCGGAUUGUCGGACCACGUGAACGGUGGGAACUUCUCCCUUCACGGGUCAAGUCGAGCCGGCUCUCCGAUUCAGCGCUCGCAGCUCGAGCUAUUUCCGGCCGGAAACCCGCCACAAUCUACCAAUGCUUCACCCUUGCCCUCACCGAGCAAAUCGCCAGCGAGGACGCCGAUAACACAGCCGAGAACGCCGUGCUGCACAGCCCUCUACGACUUCGAACCCGAAAAUCCCGGUGAACUUGGAUUCAAGGAAAACGACACGAUCACCUUGACCCAGAAAAUCGACGAGAAUUGGUACGAGGGCAGCUUGGACGGGCGCACGGGUUAUUUCCCUGUGACUUACGUGCAGGUCGUAGUGCCAUUACCCUAAGAGGACGCCGCGCAUCUCGAAGCCAAAGACCCUGCAUAUUCGUUCACUAGCGUCUACCACUACAGGAUUACUCUGCUCUCCAGCUAGCCUAAAACCUAGACAAAAAAACCCCUCGACGGCAACCUAUCUACUAUAUACAUAUAUACCUAUACCUAUCUCGAUCUUGUCUAACUUACGUUGCGGUCUCAAGCUUGCGCCCAAGAUACACGAGUUUCUCUAGCCCUUUUUUCCUCUCACGUUCUCCUACACAGAGAGACCCCCUCCUUUUUCCCGCAGAUAUCCCCAGAAUAGCCUCUAUUACGCAUGUUAAUGUACAUAUAUAAUGUUAUAGUGUAUUUUAUCGACGUAAGGAUCUUCGCGCGCGCAGACACACAUACAUACACAUAUAUACACAGAUAAACAUGAAUGCGUAACCAGGAAAUAUGUGCAUAGAUACAUUAUAGAUGUAUUAUAUACCUAUAUAUACAGAUUACAUAACACAAACACACAGGCAGAUAAUCUAUAUUAAAUUACACGUACACACACACAUAUAUACAAGUAUAUAUAUAAAACACUUAUAGAGACACACAGGACAUCUAUCUACAAUAGCAGUUCACUGUCAAGGGCGGCUCUCUCCUCUCAUCUUCUUUUCUAUAUUCAUUAUCUGACUCUUCCGCCUCGUCGAGAUACUUUCGGAAUAUUUUCACAGUUCGAGUGCACAAAACAGAAAAAGAUCGAGCGAUAGCGUGAAUCGAUUAUGGCGGGGCGCGAUUUUCCCGAUAAUUUCUCUUUUGGGAUUUCAUUAAUUUCUUCCCGAAAGCGUUUCAUCGUUCCGAUAAUGAGCCAAUGCUCGUUUCUAUUGCAAGCUUACUUUAUCUGGACAUCACGUACGAAUUUCGAAUGGAGCGAGAUUACUCCAGCGGAUUGAAUUCUCUGCUAAAAACGAAUCAGGAUUCCAGGCUUAGCGCUCAAUUUUUUCUCUCCAUUUAUAAAUAAUAUUAGAAAAAAAAUGUUUAAUUAACAAAUAAAAAGGCA